UUUCGUAUGCGUGUAUGUAUGCCUUCCCGUUUUCAGAAAUUUCUGCUGGAAUGUGUUCAGAUUUUUGUUGGAUCAAAAGAGAUAGUUUUCUAGUUAAUUAAACAUCUGAAUUCGAUUAAGCAUGGAAUUUUGUGUUUAGAAGAAGAUAAUUUUGUGAUUGAAUUCGUCCAUGGGGAGUGAGAUCUAUUCUAUUAUCAGUUUAUCAAUACAUAUAUAUUAGGCGUUUGUAUAUACGUAUAAUUUUUUUUUUUUAUCUAUUAAUCAAUUAUUUCUAGUGUUAUUUUAUCUUUUAACUCUCUAGUGUAUUAGUAGAAUAUAGUGUGAAGAUGAAAGGGGUAAUAAUAUACAAUGCAAGACUAUGUUGGAAAUUUAGGUUACUCGCAGCUGUUCUUCACGGUCUUGAUCGAUUUUAGGAUACUGAAUAUAUUUUGGCCUUAAAAGCUGAAUUAUUGAAUUUUAAACGCCUUGCUGCACUGAAGGAUAAGUAUUUCCGUAAGAAAGAAAAAUACGAUCUGGAAAUACUAAAACACGGUCAAGAACAGUUCUUAAACUCCGGUAAAAUUCUGCUAGAAUGCUUUAUUACUAUCUAACACUUGUGUGAUGCCUCUUUUUUUUUUUCUUUUCUUUUUCUACAGAGUAAUUUCCUGCGGUUUCAGUGACAUUGACUUCUGAUUAUCCCCUUCCUCAGUAGAGUGAAUGCAUUUAAUUGUUGGUGUUUGAAGCAAUAAUCUUGGUGAUUGUGAGCCUAUAAAAUGGCAGAAGGUAGUCCUAGGACAGAUACUUCUACCGAUGCUGAUACAGAGGAUAAGAAUAUGAGGUUUCAGAACAAUCAGUUACAGGGUAUGAUUGCUUCUGAUGGUAGUGAUAAGCCCAGAGAUCAAAAGACUUUACGCAGGCUUGCUCAAAAUCGUGAAGCUGCGCGGAAAAGCCGCUUGAGGAAAAAAGCCUAUGUUCAACAGUUAGAAAGUAGCAGAAUGAAGUUGACACAACUUGAACAAGAGCUCCAACGAGCUAGGCAGCAGGGUAUAUUUAUUUCAAGUUCAGGAGACCAAUCUCAAUCAGCUGGUGGAAAUGGUGCUUUGGCCUUUGACGUUGAAUAUGCAAGGUGGCUUGAGGAGCACAAUCGGCGAAUCAACGAGCUUAGAGGAGCUGUCAAUUCACAUGCAGGCGAUGGUGAACUUCGUAUCAUUGUCGACGGCAUUAUCGCACAUUACGAAGACAUUUUUAGGAUAAAAGCUGACGCUGCAAAAGCCGACGUCUUUCACAUAUUAUCGGGCAUGUGGAAAACACCUGCCGAAAGAUGCUUCCUCUGGCUUGGUGGCUUUCGUUCGUCCGAACUUCUCAAGCUUCUUAUAAAUCAGUUAGAGCCGUUGACUGAGCAGCAGUUAUUGGCUAUCAACAAUUUGCAACAGUCAUCUCAACAAGCGGAAGAUGCUCUGUCACAAGGUAUGGAAGCUUUGCAACAGUCUUUGGCUGAAACAUUAGCUGGUUCUCUUGGUCCAUCUGGUUCGUCUGGUAAUGUGGCCAACUACAUGGGCCAAAUGGCUAUGGCUAUGGGCAAGUUGGGUACUCUCGAGGGCUUCAUUCGUCAGGCUGAUAAUUUGAGGCAGCAGACUCUGCAGCAAAUGCAUCGAAUAUUAACAACUCGACAAUCAGCUCGUGCUCUGCUAGCUAUCAGCGACUAUUUCUCUCGUCUUAGAGCACUUAGCUCACUUUGGCUGGCUCGCCCUCGUGAAUGACUCGACUUUUUUCUCUUUAACUUUCUCUCUCUCUCUCUCUCUCCUUUUCUCUCUCAGGUAUUUAUUUAGUUGGAAGAUCUUGUUCAAUGACUCUAGUUUGUUGUUUACCAUUAAAAGUUUGGAGGGCAGCUAUUUCCAAAUCUAGUGUUGAUGCAUAAUUUAAUUGUAAUAGUGCAAAUGUAUGAUGCUUCUUUCUUGACUGGCUUGUAUAAUUUUACCAAUGUUGUAUAAUUUAUAGCUUUCAGUUAGUUGUAAUGUAAUGUAAUAGAUUGUUUUAUUUAAUUUUUUUUUUGUUA